AUGGCCAGAGAUGCAGAUCUGGGCGACACUCUGAACAUAACCCUGGACAGUGACGAUCUCUUCGAAUCAUCGGGAGAAGCCAGUGCAGAUUUUCCGUUAAACGUGUUUUUGGAUGAUGUCGGACGUGAAGAAAAGGACAGAUCACAGAAAAAAAUUAAUGUGGAUGUAACCCUCGAUUUUCCAUCUGGACAGCGCCACAAGCGAGUGCCUGAUGAUGUGUCAGGUAUUGUGAAAAACUUCGCAAUAAGUGAUUUCAAGGCGGCCGUUCAUUUGAUUUUUAAGUGCAAGGAACUGAAGCCUUUCAUAGAAGAGGCCUUAAAAUCAAAUCUAGUGAACUGA